UCCCCGCACUGUAUUUUACCCGUGGUUUGCAUAUUUAAAAUCUCUGGACUCAAUCCUCUCCCUACCACCGAAGUCUCCCCGUUUCUAAAUGGAAUUAGUGGAGAUCGGAGCCUCUGGUGUAACGCACAGACAUGAUCUAUGGACGCAGUUUGUUUCACAUUAUAGCAAGUUUAAUCAUUCUCCAUUCUUCUGGAGCAACCAAGAAAGGAACAGAAAAACAAAUCACCCCAGAAACCCAGAAGUCAGUGCAGUGUGGAACGUGGACAAAGCAUGCAGAGGGAGGUGUCUUUACCUCUCCCAAUUAUCCCAGCAAAUAUCCCCCAGACAGAGAGUGUGUCUACAUCAUAGAAGCUGCCCCAAGGCAGUGCAUUGAACUUUAUUUUGAUGAAAAAUACUCAAUCGAACCAUCUUGGGAGUGCAAAUUUGAUCAUAUUGAAGUUCGAGAUGGACCCUUUGGCUUUUCUCCAAUAAUUGGAAGGUUCUGUGGACAACAGAAUCCACCUGUAAUAAAAUCUAGUGGAAGAUUUCUGUGGAUUAAAUUUUUUGCUGAUGGCGAGCUGGAGUCUAUGGGAUUUUCAGCUCGGUAUAAUUUCACACCUGAUCCUGACUUUAAGGACCUUGGAGUUUUGAAACCAUUGCCAGCGUGUGAGUUUGAGAUGGGCGGUCCAGAAGGAAUUGUGGAGUCCAUACAGAUUCUGAAGGAAGGCAAAGCUUCUGCCAGUGAAGCCGUCGAUUGCAAAUGGUACAUCCGAGCCCCACCAAGAUCCAAGAUUUACUUACGUUUCUUGGACUAUGAGAUGCAGAAUUCAAAUGAGUGCAAAAGAAACUUUGUGGCGGUCUAUGACGGAAGCAGCUCUGUGGAAGAUUUGAAGGCCAAGUUCUGCAGCACAGUGGCUAAUGAUGUCAUGUUGCGCACAGGCCUUGGGGUGAUCCGCAUGUGGGCAGAUGAGGGCAGCCGCAACAGCAGGUUUCAGAUGCUCUUCACAUCCUUUCAAGAACCUCCCUGUGAAGGCAACACAUUCUUCUGCCACAGUAAUAUGUGUAUUAACAACACACUAGUCUGCAAUGGGCUCCAGAACUGUGUAUAUCCCUGGGAUGAAAAUCACUGUAAAGAAAAGAGGAAAACCAGCCUGCUGGAUCAGCUGACCAACACCAGUGGGACGGUCAUUGGCGUGACUUCCUGCAUUGUGAUCAUCCUUAUUAUCGUUUCUGUCAUUGUACAGAUCAAACAGCCUCGUAAAAAAUACGUCCAAAGGAAGUCAGACUUUGACCAGACCGUUUUCCAGGAGGUCUUUGAGCCUCCUCACUAUGAGUUAUGUACGCUCAGAGGAACCGGAGCAACAGCUGACUUUGCAGACGUGGCAGAAGACUUUGAAAAUUACCAUAAACUGCGAAGAUCAUCUUCCAAAUGCAUCCAUGACCAUCACUGUGGAUCCCAACUGUCCAGCACGAAAGGCAGUCGCAGUAACCUCAGCACAAGGGAUGCUUCCAUCUUGGCAGAGAUACCCACGCAGCCCGUCAAGCCCCUCAUCCCACCCGUGAACAGAAGGAACAUCCUGGUCAUGAAACACAACUACUCACAAGAUGCCGCAGAUGCCUGUGACAUCGACGAGAUUGAGGAGGUGCCCACCACGAGCCACAGGCUAUCCAGACAUGAAAAAUCCGUCCAGCGGUUCUGCCUCAUUGGAUCUCUAAGCAAACAUGAAUCUGAAUACAACACAACUAGGGUCUAAGACGAAAA